AUGACCAAGACCACAUGGGAACAACGCGCAGCCGAUAAGCGUGAGCGUCUCAGCAACUCCAUCCCAUUAGAAUGGAAGAUCCAGUCUCUUCCCACGGCCGCCUCGGUGAUUGAUUAUCCCGCAAAGUCAGGCCUGCUUUCACAACAGGAGCUGCAGAUAACAGGAUCGAGUGCCACAGAGCUGGUAGACAGGCUAGCUCGCGGCGAGUUGAAAGCUGUGGAUGUCACGGUGGCGUUUUGUAAACGCGCUGCGUUGGCGCAUCAGUUGGUCAACUGCUGUCUGGAGUUCUUCCCUGAAGCGGCCAUCGCGCAGGCGAAAGAAUUAGAUGCAUACUUUGACGAGCAUAAGAAGCCCGUGGGACCUCUUCAUGGGCUACCGAUCUCUCUUAAAGACCAGCUUCGUGUAAAGGGCUAUGAAACCAGCAUGGGCUACGUCUCCUGGCUGGGAAAAUAUGAAACCGGCGAAUCCGUGCUAGUCACGCUUCUACGCAAAGCCGGUGCUAUUUUUUACACCAAGACGAGUGUUCCUCAGACACUGAUGGUGUGCGAGACUGUCAACAAUAUCAUCGGACGCACGCUCAAUCCCCGCAACGCGAAUUGGUCUUGCGGUGGCAGCUCCGGGGGUGAAGGGGCUAUGGUAGGAAUGCGGGGUGGGAUUAUUGGUAUUGGGACUGAUAUUGGUGGCUCGAUCCGCGUGCCUUCUGCUUUCAACUUCCUGUAUGGAAUCCGACCCAGCCAUGGCCGGAUGCCAUAUGCCAAGAUGGCGAAUAGUAUGGAAGGCCAGGAAACCGUGCACAGCGUGGUUGGGCCGAUUGCGCAUUCAGCAGCUGAUCUGCGGCUAUUCCUCACGGCAGUCUUGAAAGAAGAACCCUGGAAGUAUGAUUCGAAAGUCAUUCCUUUGCCCUGGAGAGACGUCGAGGAAGAAGCUAUCCAUUCAAAGUUGCAGUCCGGAGGGCUGACGUUGGGCUUUUACUCGUGUGAUGGUGUUGUGCUCCCGCAUCCACCGAUCCUCAGAGGUAUCGAGAAAGUUGUCUCCACGAUGAAGCAAAAUGGGCACACGAUUGUUCCAUGGACACCGUACAAGCACGACUUCGGGCAUGAUCUCAUCAACAACAUCUACGCUGCAGACGGGAGCACGGAUGUUCUACGCAACAUCAACGCCUCCGGCGAGCCCGCUAUCCCGAAUACCAAAAACCUCCUGAACCCAGACAAAGCCAAGAUCGACAUGAACGAGCUGUGGGACGCCCACCUCCAGAAAUGGAACUAUCAGGGCGAGUACCUGGAGAAAUGGCGCGAGGUCGAAAAACAUUUAGGCAAGGAACUGGACGCUAUUGUCGCUCCAAUCACGCCCACGGCUGCUAUCCGCCACAACCGGUUCCAGUACUAUGGCUAUGCGUCCGUGAUUAACCUGCUUGAUUUGACCAGUGUUAUUGUACCGGUUACAUUCGCAGAUAAGGAUGUGGAUGUCAAGAAAGGACAGGAUUUCCAGCCAUUGAGUGAAUUGGAUGCGGAGGUGCAGGCCGAGUAUGAUCCUGAUGCAUACCACGGCGCUCCCGUCGCGGUACAGAUUAUCGGUCGGAGGCUGAGUGAGGAGCGCACUUUGGCUAUUGCAGCGGAGAUCGGGAGGCUGUUGGGUAACGAGGUGACGCCGUAA